AUGGGAACACAGGCAGCAGAACUGUUCACUGAAAUUGACAAACUCCGUGCUCAGCUGCUGAACAAUGUGGAGGUCAUUACAGACUGCCAACGUGUCGACGAAGAAAUCAGCCACAGGGAAAUUUUGACCCACAUUGAAAACAUAAUCCUUGGAAUAGUGACCAGUCUGUCCAAGGGUGAAGCCCCUGUCCUGACACUGCCCAACAGAUCCAGCUGGGCCAACGUCAGUUUUGACAGUGCCAUCGGGCUUCAGAUGAGUUCAGGAGCUUCUGUCAGCGUCAUUAGGAGCGACUGCCCUUCGUCUGUCACUAAAUUUGCACAAAUUCUCAAGAUUCUCUCCGUCAUCUACAGACUUGUGCAGAGAAACUCAUAUGCUACAAAAAGAGACAUCUAUUACAACAAUACACAGCUGUUUGGUUCACAGACAGCUGUGGAUAGUAUUGUGGAUGAUAUCUCCUGCAUGCUAAAAGUUCCUCGCAGAUCACUUCAUGUGUUGGCCACGUCCAAGGGAUUCAUUGCAGGGGAUUUGCGUUACAUAGAGGAGGAUGGGACAAGGAUUGACUGCCACUCCAGCUCUGCUGCUGUUGCAGUUUCAUCAAACAUUGGUGGGAUCAAAAAUAUUGUAUCAUCAGCAAAAUUUGUCUUGAUAGUUGAGAAGGAUGCAACUUUCCAGAGAUUGCUGGAUGACGACUUCUGCACAAAGCUCUGUCCUUGCAUCAUAAUCACAGGUAAAGGCAUGCCAGAUGUAAACAGCAGGUUGAUGGUGAGGAAGCUUUGGGACACGCUGCACAUCCCCAUAUUUGCUCUGGUGGAUGCUGACCCUCACGGCAUUGAGAUCAUGUGUAUCUACAAGUACGGAUCAGUGGCCAUGUCGUUUGAGGCCCACAGUCUGACGGUCCCCAGCGUUAUGUGGCUAGGCCUCCUCCCCUCUGACCUCCAGAGGUUGCGGGUUCCUGAGGAUGCCCUGAUCCCCCUCACCAAGAGAGAUGAAAGCAAACUCGGCAGCCUCCUUAAAAGGCCGUACUUAACCAGCCAACCUGACUGGCAGAAAGAGAUGGAACUGAUGCAGCAGACCAGGGUCAAGGCUGAAAUACAGUCUCUGGCAGCCAUAGCUCCUGAUUUCCUCACAAGCAUUUACCUGCCCAACAAGCUGCGAUAUGGAGGCUGGAUAUGA